AUGCGCUUCUGCCCGUUCGCCCAGAGGACGCUGCUGGUCCUGCAGGCCAAGGGGAUCCGGCAUGAAGUCGUCAACAUCAACCUGAAAAAUAAACCUGAGUGGUUCUUUAAGAAGAACCCCCUUGGUCUGGUGCCGGUGCUGGAAAACAGCCAGGGCCAGCUGAUCUGUGAGUCUGUCAUCACAUGUGAAUACCUGGACGAAGCCUACCCUGGGAAGAAGCUGUUGCCAGAAGACCCUUAUGAGAAAGCUUGCCAAAAGAUGACCUUAGAGUUAUUUUCCAAGGUGUCAUCUUUGAUGGGCAGGCUUAUAAUGCUCCAGCAAAGUAAAGGAGACAGCUCUGGCAUAAAAGAAGAGUUGCAGAGAGAAUUGAACAAGCUAGAAGAGGUUCUGACUAAGAAGACGACAACCUUCCUCGGCGGCAGUUCUGUCUCUAUGAUUGAUUACCUCAUCUGGCCCUGGUUUGAACGGAUGGAAGUACUACAAUUCGACGAGUAUAUGGCCCAGACUCCAAAACUUAAGCUCUGGAUGGCAGCCAUGAGGGAAGAUCCUGCAGUUAAAGCCCUCCUCUUGGAUGGGAAGAACUUUAAAAAUUUCUUAAAACUUUACUUCCAGAACAGUCCUGAAGCCUGUGACUGUGGGCUCUGAAGGGGCAACAGUCAGCAGUGCGGCGCUGGUAUUCUCCUUUGCUGAUAUGAAUAAUAACAUGCUUUCAUUUUGCCAAGUGUUC